AUGUGCUGUGAUAAGUUCCAGGCAGAUAAUUUUAGAUGUUUUUUCGUUGAUUCUGCACAGGAUGGAACUCCAACAACAAAAACGUUUGAUCGAUUAACUUCUCAGAUUGGUGCAGAAGAGGCUGAAGAAGUGGGCAUAGAACACCUAUUAAGAGAUAUCAAAGAUACUACGCUUGGUCCUCUUUCCCAACGGAUUGGGGCGCAACUUGAUGGUCUUUCCGGUCUGCUGCGUCAUUUGCGAGAUAUCGGUAACUAUCUAGAAUUGGUGGCCACAAAUCAACUCCCGGUUAACCAUGGUGUAAUCUAUCAGCUACAGGAUAUAUUCAACUUGCUACCUGACCUUCGUCUUCAUGAUAUGGUUCGUGCGGUCCACGUGAACACUAAUGAUGAGAUGCUGGUUGUUUAUGUAGCUGCAAUUAUACGAACUAUCCUUGCCCUCCACGACUUAAUUUCCAACAAACUUGCCAACCGCGAAAGCGAACGGAAUGAAGAAGGGGGCGGCACAGAUAACAAGAAAAUCACUGCCUCUGGCGAUCAGUCUAAACGACCUCAAUCAGGCAAGACGGAUGACACAACGGAUGCAGCAAAGUCCGGAGAAAGUGCAGCGAAGUCGAAUAGUACAUCGCCGUCAUCAUCUUCAAUGAAAAAAUCGAAUAAGUGA